AUGGAUCAUCUGACACAUGAGGCGAUAGACUCUCGCCUUUUGGGUAUUCUCAAAGAAACGGAUGAUCUAUUCCAGUCAGGUCAACUAAAGUACCCGCCAGCCCUUACAGAUUUGAACACACCUCUACUCUAUAACGACAAUAAACAAUUUACACAUCUCACAAAAAGCGCCACAAAUAAUGUAGUCAAUACGGAUGUAUUCCCUUGUAAUCUUUGUAAAUAUGGAAUUGAACCAAUUAAAUCGGCAAAUGGCAACGGCCAUUUUUUUUCUAACCCUAUAAAUACUAGUGCCAGCAAUUACGGUUGUGUAAACUCAUUACUCUCUCACAAUGAUAACCAAUUAUAUAAAGUAAAUGAAAAAACCAAAUUAUAUGAAGCCAAGCAGUUCGAGCACAAACAAUUCAAUUCGCUCCCAUUCAACCAGCGGGAGAACUUUAAACAUCUAGAGCAGAUCAAACAAUUGGACUCCUAUCCUCUCAAUAACACAGCUCUAACCAAAUGCUUAGCAAAGGACCUAAGCAUAGUUUCAAAUUGGGAGGAGUCACAGAAAGAAGUAUUCUAUAACUUUGCUGAUAAACUUAAACAGGAAUAUCAUCGGUUGCAACACCAAUUGUAUACCCAGUACAAAUUGGAUUUGGAAAAAAAUAUAAAAGUAUUGCGUUCACAAUAUUCAAAUACUAUCGAUGGACUGCAGCAAGAAUUGAUAAAUUUAAAAACUUACCAACAAACAUUUAGUACUAGGGAGGCUGAAUAUGAGGAAAAGUUGUUUAGAUAUGAAUCGGAUAUUUGUAUAGCCAAACAGGAAAUCGAGAAUCUGUACAAAGAAUUGCAAACUAAGCGGGAACAGAUAAUGGUAUUGAGCAAACAAAUGUGUGAUUACGAGAAUGCAAUUUCUGAGCUCAAAUACGGCAAGUCAACUCUAGAGGAGAUAGUUGCGGAACGAGAUAAACAAUUGGAAGCCAUCGAAAGUGAAUUAUCCUCCAGCAUAAACAAAUCAGAACUUGAACACCGAAAGAAUAGCACUCUAAACCAGAGUCUCCUAGAAACCAAUGCUAUCAUAUCUGCCACAAAAAAUGAAUUGGCACUUUCCAAGAGGGAAAUUGAUAAACUCAAUUCAGAAGUAGAACGUCUCAAUGGCAUAGUUAAAAUUUUGCGCGAGACAGAAUCCAACUUGAAUCAGAGGCUCUCUGAAAGCGCCGCAUCUAACACCUCCCUAGUGUCCAAACUUGACAAUUUGAAUUUGGAAAAAUCAGCUCUAUACAACAGGAUUGAAGAAAUCACAUCGGGAUACGAAAAACAGUUAUCUAUAUGCAACAGGAGAAUUAAUCAACUAGAAAUUGAGAUGGAAUCAAAAGUGGGUUAA